AUGGAAAUUCGUAAGGAAGAAUUUGAAUCAGCUCUGAAGAUGAUGAAAUUGCCAGUGGAAAUAAUAGUUUAUAUUCUCGAAAUUCUAGAGGCAAAAGGAAAAUUGAAGCCAAAAUAUCUAAGGGUUUGUAAAUUGUUUUACCUAAUAGCACUUCCGAUGAUAUAUAGGAGACCUACUUUAAAAGCAACCAAUUUUUUUGCUUUUGUAGAUACCAUAUCGUCCAACAAAACCAUCGGUAAUAAUAUUAGAGAGCUAGAUCUUUCCUACAUUAUUCAGACAGGUAAAAAUGCUUUUGUUGCUAAGCUAUUAAAAAGAUCUAGAGCAAACCUAGAAGUUUUCGUUGCUCCUCAAACAAGUUUUGGACUAGGGCCACUAAUAGCAUUAAAGAACUGCACGAAAUUGAAAAUCCUAGAUUUAAGACUUGUGUCGGAAACUUUAAAUUUGAUAGAAUUGUUCAACUCAAUUAAUAGUUUGGAUGAAUUAACGCAUUUGUCAUUCCCGAGAUCAUCUAUUGAAAUACACGAUUUCAAGAGUAUCCACUGGCCUACCAGACUAUCAUUUUUACGACUUUCAGGAGGUAUAACUGAUGAUUUCUUGAUGCAAUCCGAAUUCCCUUCUACAAUAACUCAGUUGGAGUUAGCACAUUGCCCAGCAAUAAAGGACUUUGGUCUACACAGCCUAUUGUUCAGUUUUGGUAAGAAUUUGACCUCCUUGAAAAUUCAGUAUCCAAUGCCUGGAUUGAAGGAUAAUGCCUUGGACUUAGUUUUCAACUAUUGCCCCAACUUGACUGUGUUGGAAAUCUCGGUUGAUUACGUUUCCAGCGCUUUUUUUGACGAAGAAAAUUUGUCUUAUUUGGCGUACCCAAGACCAUUAAAAACAUUAUAUAUAGAGAGUAGUGGAAUGCUUGGUACUUCAACCAAAUUGGAUCCUAUUGACUUAGCAAUUGCAAUAAAUGAAGACAGACUACCAUUCUUGAAGAAUAUACGGUGUACCGCAAAACUAGGUUGGGAUCCAAAAUCUGAAUAUGUUACAUUUAUAGUUGACGCAUUAGAUGAAAGAGGAGGCGGGUUAUACAUAGGUUAUUGA